GUACGUUUCUUUUCGCAUUGUAAUAAAAUUACAAUACAGAGCAGACCCAGGAAGGAUUUCGCUGGAUAUGUGGCUGAUUUAGUGUAGUUUUUGUACUGUUUUGUUGCGAUAAUACUGGCACACCGAUAGAACGUGCCGUGUCGCAGUGGUUUCCAUCGAAUUAAGAGUAUUAUUCAACCAAGAAACCAGCCCCUUUACAUUCGUCCUCAAACUUCAUUUGGUGCUGCUGUGACCCAAUAAAACCAUGAGUGUGGUGGGCAAGAAGCUGAGCUCAUCGAUAUCGGGACAGGGGGCUGCUGAUGCUGAAGGGCCUUCGCCAAAGAGCCCUACGGCAGCAACCGGUGGCACUUCGGUGCAAAGCACGGUCACCCCCGAUUACGUGCUGCAGCUUAAUAAAAUUACCGAAGACUACCUCUGCACACCGGACGCGAACAUCUACGAGAUUGACUUUACGCGCUUCAAAAUUCGAGAUCUGGAGUCCGGUGCGGUGCUGUUUGAAAUAGCGAAACCAUCGCUCAGCGACAUCGCCCAUACAGCGGGAGCCGACAGCAAGACGAAGGAUUCGGUUGCAAGCACGACAAAUGAUGAACCUGCUGGAGCGCCAUCCGCCACGACUGCGGGAAGUGAAGAUACGGAGGAAACGUUCGAACCGAAUGCUGGCCGUUACGUGCGGUACCAAUUUACGCCGCAAUUUCUAAAACUAAAAACCGUCGGUGCUACUGUCGAGUUUACCGUUGGCAGCAAGAGUGUGAAAAACUUUCGCAUGAUCGAACGACACUUCUUCAAGGAUCGGUUGCUGAAAACGUUCGACUUUGAGUUUGGAUACUGCAUUCCCUUUUCUAAAAAUACUUGCGAACACAUUUACGAGUUCCCCGCUAUCCCACCGGAUCUAGUGAACGAAAUGAUUCAGCAUCCGUUCGAAACGCGUUCGGAUAGUUUUUACUUCGUGGACGGUUGCCUGGUGAUGCACAACAAGGCCGACUAUGCUUACAACGGUGGACUGUGAGCAGGUGUGUUUGUUUAGAGGAGCAAGAGCAGGAAUCGGUUUUGUGUUUAAAUUUUGGUAAUAAUUUUCCUCGAGAUUUGCUCGAGAUCUAGUCAAUCCGCUGCUGUUGUAAUAAUGUGAACGUGUGUUCGAGUAUGUGUACGUUUGUGUGCCGGUAAUGGAUUUCCUUUUGCACCGAUCAUACAUUGCGCAGCAGAAGCCGAACUACGUGAACCGCCGUUGAUGAUCCGACUUUUUACUCCUACUCUCACGCAUCUGCUGGGUGUGUAUGGGCUGUAUGCUGCAAUAAAUUGACCAAGGAACGUGAAUGGAUAGACACCCAUGGGGAUAGUGUUGAGGGAGGGACGAGUAAAAUUGUAAACAAACAUCGUCUCACCCUCGCCGGUAACCGCAGCAGCAGCAGCAGCAGCAAUACGAGAGUGUCUGAAAAAGAAAUCGAUGAAAAAAAAGAAACAAAACAGGUAUGUUAAAUAUAAUUAUUCUAUAACGAGCAGAAGAAACAGAAAAAAGGGAGAGAAAACAAAACAAAAAUACAAUUACCUACAACCCACAGCGAAACUCAUGAAAGACAUUUUGAAGAUUAUUUGUGUUAAAACGUUUUCUCCUACGUGCGGCUUUAACUAUUUAUUAUAAUAACUACCUAAGGAACGCUAGGGAAUUGGGAUCCCUGCGUCCCGAAGGAGGGAGCGAUAGAUAUGUCCCUAUCUGAUGCAAAACUGAGAAAUAGCCAGCAGCACACACAUACGUCUAAUCACCUUUCUUGCCUUAAUUAUCCGUUUGUUAUCGUUGGUGCGCGUAACUAUCGCCACGCCACAACAGCGCGAUGAAUGACGAUAAGCUCUUUAAUUGCAUUGCGAAACGUACGUAGAACAUCUUGCGUGAAGAAUUGUAUUUAAAAAUAGACCGCACGAAUGAAGAUACCGACACAGCACAUGGCAAGACGAAGCUGAUGAUCAUAGCGAUGGAAGAAAUUUCCUUUACGAUAGCAACAUGUGGAAGAUUUUACCAGACCAAGAUUGCUCUGAGAUAAGGAACAAAAAGUGGUACAUUUAUUCGUGGUUUUGGAACCGCUUCCUUCUGUUUAACCUCGUCAUGAUUUGCAUCGAAUGGCGAUAAAUGCAGGUAAAUUGCCCAAUGCCACUUGAAAGAUUUUCUGCAGCACUACAGUUAGUAGAAAGAAUUUGAUUUUGUUAUCUUUUUUGAAUGGACGAUUAAAGGUUACUGUAAGUUGUGGCAUAAAUAGGGCAACCACAAAAGCAUGAUCGUGUUUUGUUUGAUACCCUUUGAUGCAUAAUCUGAGGGCAUUCUGUUUACUGAUGUCGUUAUGCUCCUUCGAAUGGGAAAACAUUAUUGCGCCGCGGAAACAACACACGCGAUUUUGCGACCCUAACCGUAAGCAAUGCCUUCCAGAAGCCGUUUUUCCCAUUGUGUGUCCUUUGACCGCUACGCGGUUUUGUUUUGCCAUUUGUGCACAUCUCUUUCCCCCUUGUAACGCGGGAUUGGGUAAAGCAAAAACAAAAAUCGAAUAAUUUCACUUUCACACCCACAAAAUAACACCUACCCUUAGGAAAAAGGGGGGUGCCACCAUGUUGCCGCCAGUCACAGGGGUGACAAAUAGCAACCCCCGGCGGUAUUUGUUACUAACGGACGCUUUGUUUUUGUGCCAUUAUCCGCGGUGUUAUUCGCGUGACCACAGCGUAACAUGGUGCGAGCGAGCAAGAAGGGUGGCAGUUGGUGGUGUUAAAUUUCAACAUGUAAUAGGACUGUUUCCAUUUUUUUCUUAUGUGUAUAAUACCUUAUGCUGCAUGAACGAUGAGGUGUCUAUGUCACGAAACACGAGUGCUUUAACUUUUUAUCGAUUAUUGUUGGAACAGGUCAGCUGUAUAGUGCGAAAUAAUCAGCUUGGAACAGAAGGUCCCAUCCAUAUUCUUUGUUUGAAACUCUUUUGUAACUCUCAAAAGAAUCAUCCUUUUUCCGAUUGUUUGUUUCAAACGGAUAGAAAAGUUUUGUUUGAAAAGAGGGGAAUUUAGAAGAAGUAAAAUAAUGUUUGAUUAUUUGAAAAAAAAAACCCAUACUGCAAGCUUUAUUGCAACACAAAGCUAAAAAUAAACAACCUCACACACCAGUCAAAAUAUAAAAAUAGUAAUAAUAAAACCACAAAUCACAAAACAAUAAACACAACUAAUAGCAAUCGUUAUGAGAAAGAGAUAGUAAACGUAAAGAAAGCAUAUUAAACACAAUAGAAGCACAGAAACAAAUAUGCAAACCUCACGCACCAGAUGAAACUGGAUGAGAGAAAGAAACGUUCAAACUUAGACAACACCCGAUCCUAUAGAUGUUAAAGUGCUUUGAUGUUAAACCCAUAAGCCAGUAACAUGCGCUGGAAAGGAUGCAAAGGACUGAGUUUUAAACCUUCUGAUAUGAAUAUGAAUUAGACGAACGAAAUAAAUACAGCAGCACGAAUCUUAGUACAUACCAAAUCUAUCAAACGUCACGGCCACGAUCACUGACACCAGCCAACACCACCAUCACCGUAAAAAGCAAACCAGCAAUUGAGUAUUAAUUCGGCUGGUGUAUAAAAAUAGAUGUUCUACCGGAAGCAAUAGCAAACAAAAAGUAAACAACACGUAGCGCAAAAGUCGGAUGAAUUAAGGCUAACGUAGGACAAACAUUUUAAUCUCAGAUCGGAUCGUUGCAAAAGCAUGUUGCAUACUUGAGCGGCUCAGUGAAGUUUUAGUUACAAACAAAGUUCUUUGUGAUCGUGAAGCUCCUCAGUUUGGAAGUUCCAUUUCUAUGUUGGUGGUUAAAACAUUAUCCAUAUUUCGGUUGUGGAAUUAUUUUUAUAAUAACAAUAGAACUGAAGAUGAGAUGUCGUCCUACUAACAAUUUUACCAUCUAAUAUGUCUCAAGAACCGCUAAAAGUGAUCAAACGUACAGCAAAAAUGCUGGACCGGUUGAGAGAUUAUCACACGAUACGAACUCUUGUCUCAGAGCUACCAAGAACUAUCGAGAAUUAUGAAAAUAGCUACGAAGAAUGAACGCUCAUACGAAUAAUAAGUUACAAUAGAUCUUUUCAGACCUUUGGUUGCAUAAAUAUGCAUAAGUGCUAGUCUUAUAGAUUCAAGAAUUUGAAUGAAUCUUUGAACAAAAUGAAGAACUAUGAAUCUCUAUUCUGAGAGUUAAUGUCUGCUUAAAGAUCAAUAAAUCCUCAA